AUGCCAUUCCCAACACCACAAACACCAUGCACAAAUGCCCAGCACACAUCAGCAACUGCUGACGUGGCUCAGACAAAUACGGACGAUGGACGAGAGCAGGAGAAAGGAAGAAGACAAGGAGGAGAACAAGAACAAGAGAGAGGUGGAUGGGACGAGGGCAUUGCCGCCGGCUCAGGCUUCUCGAAACCCAAGCACAGGCCUAAGCCUUCCUCAAGCCAUGACUUAGGGCUGGGCUGGGCCCAGCCUAUUUGGGCCUGGCUUGGGCCAGCCCAGGGCCUCAAGCUGGGCCAUGCACAUCACUACCCAUCACCCAUGGACACAAUGUCCAGAAGCGGCAGUUUGCCUAUCUGUGUGAGCUCUGGAACGAGUGGAUGGGGUGUGUGGCCUCGAGCUGACCAUUCCUACUCUGCUCAACAUCUGCUGUCACUCGAUGUGCGGCUCCUUGAACUUGCAAUCACCUCCGUCCCCACCCAGCUCAGCUUUGCACUGCCAGAACUCCUUCCUGAAUCUCCUCCACUGCCUGCUGUCACGAAUGACAGUGUGUAUGCACUGUCACACCUUGUGCGAUCAGGGGACUGGGAUGCCUUCAUCAUGCUGCUUCGAUUUUGUGCUAUUGUGCAAGCACAUGCAAGUUCCAUCAUCCACCUUGGAAUCUCUUGCAGCUCCAAUACACCAUACCUGUCACUGUCUCUCUCGAGCCUGCCACCCCAUCAAGCAGCCUUAUGCAUGUUGACAGAGGUUUCUCCUGCUGCAUUGCCCAUGUCACCUGUCACCACCAGCACUCCAUCAGCUGUAGCUGCACCUGCUCAGUCUGAUGAAGCAGUGCUGUUGGCAGCCUGCAAAGCUGACAUUGCAGUGCUCAAUUGUGCAACUUCACUGCAUGAUGUCAUUGCACAGAUUGAAGCUGGAGAUGUUGCUUGCAUUCGGCAGCUCUAUGGGCCAUGCACAGGAUGUGCAGCCAUCUCACUCUGGCAGUCCAUCAAGUAUACUGUCUGUCAUCGAGAGUGGCUGUACUUGCAGCUUCAGGAUGAGUUCUGUGGUGACAAGAACCACUUUUUUGAGUUUUUUACAAUCCAAACAACACCAGAGGUAAAUGGCAAGUCCCUGAAGCGGAAGGCUAAGCACAAUGCAUCUGUUGAGCACCUGCAGCCCUUGUGGAAAUUUGAUGAAGCUAUCAGUCAGAGGGAUAAGAACCUUGCCGAGCUCAUGGUGAGUAAUGAGUACAGUGAUGAGGGUAGGUUCUGUAGUGAAAAGUGGGAAGCAAAGUGGUUGGGCAUGAAUUGGUGGGAGAUAUGA